ACCACCCUCAUUUGCAUAUGAGAUCACGUGAGAUGCACAAAGCUUCCCAGAGGUCAAUGUACAGUUUACUUCUGGAAGUCAUCGGACGCGAGUUUUUAGCUGCAAGAAAAUCUUCAUUCUGAUUUAUAUUUUGGACUAUAUUUUGGACUAUAUUACAAUAGAGAGAUAGCAAGCAACUUGCUACCAUCUCUGAUUACUUUGUUUUACUACCUUUCGAGCGGUAGAUUACGUUCCCACACGCUGUUCCAAUUCAGUGUUCGUGGUGAACAGCGGAGAACAGCUUUUAUACAAAGGGACCAUAAGUAGGUCACCGCCAUGGCUGAAUCUACAUCAGCAACUGAUGUGGUCAGUUCAAUAAUAGAGGACAUGGAUAAGACGCGCUCAAGAAGCGACAGCAAAUUAGAGAAAGCGAGCGGCAGUAAAUCUGCCAGUGGAAAGAGGGAUGGCGGCAAGAAGCAGAAAGAUAAAGAUCGCCAAACACCACUGCUCGCUUCUGGUACGGCAAAGAUGGGGACGACCACUAGGUCCCAAGACAGGGCCGUCUCCGAUACUGGAGCAACAAAACCUAAAGAGGUUAUUUUUUCUCAUAAAGAGCUUGAGAACUCAGGCCCCGCCUCAGAUGAGGUCGGUUACAGCGGUGGUUCACACAAAGAUGGCGCCGAAAAUACAUGUCAGACGCGGGAGUUACAGGCGCAGAUAGACACGCUGACAAAAGCGGUGUCCACAAUUUUGCCAGUGGUGCAAAGAAUAAGUGCAAACAUGGGUGCACAUGAUUCCUCGGACGAGAAUGAUAAUAUACACGUCGACGAUGAAGACGAUCUCGACGAGUCACGUGACCACACAACAGCGGGAAAUGAAGCCACAGCUGGCAACGACGACUUGCUGGCUCUGCUCUCACAGUCGCUUAAAAUGAAAGAAGCAUGCGGCCCGGCUGUAGACGCGGAAUUGGCAGAGAAAAUCGACACUAUGAUGUCAACUGGUAUUUCUGACCAGCGGCUGACCGAAGUGAAGGAGAAAUACUUAAGACCGGAUAACUGCCAGUAUUUGGUUGUGCCGCAGUGUCAGCGAGAGGUUUGGACUGGCGCAGGUGAGAUCCUACGUAGCCGAGAUUUGAAAUUACAGAGAGUGCAGGGGCCUCUCGUGAAAGGCAUGACAUGCCUUACUGAAGUAAUGAACAGCCUCAUGGGAGCAGUGAGGGAUAAAAAUGACAUGCCAUCUGGACGAGAAUUGUUAGAGAAGCUCUCGGACUGUUUAUGCCUGCUAGCAGGCUCCAAUGCCGAAAUUAACUUGCGUCGGAAAGACGUAUGGAAAACAGAAAUGCCGGACAACACCAAGGAUCUCUGUGCAGCCUCCAGGCCUCUCACGGAUUUCCUUUUUGGUUCUGAUUUGUCAACCGCAGUGAAAGAAUUAACAGAAACACAUAAAAUGACAACCCAAUUCAAGAGAUUUACUCCCUCUUUCAAAAGGUUCAGUCCUUACAAUAAGCCCCAUGCCAACAGACAGGGAAAGCUGACGUCACAAAUCUUCAAACUUGUUUUUAAGCUUAGUAAAGCCGUAUCAACCAGUCACUAAAAGUACUAUAUCUAGAUGGAUUAAAGAUGUACUGUCUUUGUCAGGAAUUGACACAACACAAUUUUCAGCUCACAGUACAAGAGCUGCAGCGGCAAGUAAAGCCAAGAUUAAAUGUGUCCCACUUGAAACUAUUAUGAAAACUGCAGGUUGGAGCAAUUGUGGGACUUUUGGGAAAUUCUAUAGCAAAGACAUUGUAGACUCUCAUGUAAUUUCAUUUGCUAAAACUAUUAUGAAGUAGUUACUAUAAUAAACAAUAUAUGCUAAUCCAUCUAGAUUGUUCAUGAUCUGUUCACUGUUUAUGCUCAUAGCCAGGUGAACUUUAAAAUCUCACGUGAUCUCAUAUGCAAAUGAGGGUGGUAGAAUUAAAAAAUUAAACGAGACUUACCUGUAAGGUGAAGUUUGAUUGUAAUUCUACCACCCGAAAGUUGCAUAUAGAGAUAACGUGCCCUGCCCUCCCCUCCCUUUAUCUCUAUUGCAACUUUCGCAUUAUUCAUAUAACAUAACAGUUCUCUCCAGACCACAUCUAUUCACCUGGCCAUUCGCGUCCAAUAUUGACCUCUGGGAAGCUUUGUGCAUCUCACGUUAUCUCUAUAUACAACUUUCGGGUGGUAGAAUUACAAUCAAAC